UGUGCAGAUUGCUGUUAGUUAAAAUAUCGUGAGAUAUGACGUCUAAGGCGACGUAUUCACGGAUAUACAAAAUAUGUAUAAUGCUAAGUGCUGUAUUACAAAUUGCCAUCGCCUCGCCUCCUGAGAAAAGGACGAUUAGAAUACAGUUUCUUGAAGAACAACCAGAAGCCACCGUGGUAUACAACUUAAAAGAAGAUUUACUGGCGUCCCAGAGAGAAGGGGUGUACUUCAAAAUGCUGAGUCAGUAUAUGACGUCAGGGGUUGAUAUAACUGAUGACGUCACUGAGUGGGUACAACUGGACGAGAACUCGGGUAUUGUGACGGUAAACACACCGGUUGACCGUGAAACAAUGUGUGAUGCUGAUGAUACGCAGCCGUGUGUUAUUCAUGUAAAGAUUGCCAGAAAACCUCGUCUUCAUUUCCUCAUGAUCGACUUGGAACUUUUGGUCAAGGAUAUCAACGACCAUGCUCCAAUUUUUCCGAUCAGUCCUAUUAUUACAGUCAAUGUCAGCGAAGCAGUUCCUAUGGGCACCAAAAUAAGCUUGGACAAGUACUUGGCAACGGAUGACGAUGUCGGUCGCAACAAAGACAUCGUAUAUGUCGCAACCAGCAGCGAUAACUUCGGUAUCCAUCAGUACAAGGACGAAACUGGAGCACCGCAUCUUGAACUGGUAGUCGCCGACGAACUUGAUCACGAAACGGCUGCAACUGAAGAUUUGAUAAUUACUGCAUCGGACAGAGGAACACCGACGUUAAAAAAUCAUGUAACUUUGCGCAUUGGAAUACUCGAUGCAAACGACAACGCCCCAGCAUUUGAUAGACCACUUUACACUCUCAACUUGAGAGAGAAUCUUCCGCGAGGUGAAAUUAUAACCAGUGUACAGGCGCAUGACGAAGACAGCGGAACGUUCGGGCAAGUUCGUUACUUUGUGCCGGCUUCUGGAAACUCUCAGACCGCGAGAAAAUUAAUAAGAGUCGAUCCUAUCACCGGUGACGUUAUGCUGAAACAACCCCUUGACAGGGAAAAGCACAACAACAUUCGAUUCGUGAUUGGAGCCAGAGAUAUGGGAAAAGAGGCCAAGACAGGAAAAACAAUGCUGGAAAUACGUGUUGCCGAUGUAAACGAUAAUUUCCCGAUAAUUCACGUGAACAUCAUCGUCGAUUAUUCAGUUGGAAACACUGCUUAUGUGCCGGAGUCUGCUCGAAUUGGAACGUACGUCGCUUCAAUAAGCGCCAAUGACGUGGACAUUGGUAUAAAUGGUGACGUGACAAUUGAAACUUCUGUGGAAGGAUACGCGGCUGGCAGACCUGCUGAUUUCAGCCCAAACGCUGACAGUCUUCAAAGCUACUUUAGCCGGAGCGACGGCGGGAUCUUGAGCACCGGUUUCCCGCUGGACAGAGAGGAUAUCCCGAUGUUUGUGGUUCGCAUUAGCGCAUGUGAUCAUGGAAUGCCUGCAAGGUGUUCGGAACAAAACCUAACUAUCAUAGUGCUGGACGAAAACGACCAUGCACCAGCAUUUGUCAAUCCUGUAAAAGCACUAUCCUUGCGAGAGGACGCUUUGAAAGGAACGCACCUUGUCAAGAUGUCAGCCAACGACGCCGACGCGGUGUACUUACCGGCCAUGCGCAUGUCAAAGACAAAGGAAAGGAAUAUAGAGAACUCUACAAAUGGAGAUAUCACGUACGAGCUGCACGGCGGAAAAGGUUGUUUCAGCAUCAAUCCCCACAGCGGGGUCAUUACACUCGUUGGUGCACCUGAUUACGAAGCUAGGAAACUUUGGAAGUUGAUUGUCACUGCUAAAGACGGAGGCAAUCCUUCGCUCUCAACCAACAGCAGUUUGGACGUCAAUGUUCUUGAUGUAAACGACAACUCACCUGUGUUUACAAUGCCGGCUGUUUCUAACAGCACGUUCGUUGCUACCAUUCUGAGCGACAAUGUCAUCAUUAAAAUCAAUGCGAUCGACUACGAUCAAGGCGCCCAUUCCGACGUUUGGUAUUCCCUGGUUUCCGAGAACGGUGAGAAGCCACCGAAGGACUUCAUUUUGAACCAGUUAUCUGGAGACUUCCGUCUUAACUUCAGCAACCCAAAAAUGUCGGAAAUGUUGGGCUUACACGCCAUUGUAGUUAAGGCACAAGACUUGGGAUCACCGCCGCUAAAAUCGGAGAUCAUAUUUUACGUAGAGGUUACAGAUCUACCGUACGCUCAGUUAAUGCGGAACACCCAAAGUCCACAAAACACUCGACCCGUUGCUGGGAACGUUACAAUGAUUCUGAUUGUAUCUUUGGGGUCAGCAACCCUCCUGCUGGUAGCUAUACUGGCUUGCGUGGUGGUCCGUUGCAAAAGAGAGAAUAAGGAGAUUCGCACAUACAGCUGCCGGAACGCAGAAUCCAAGAAAGGUUGGUACCCAACUCCAACUCACGAAAGUUUGACUGCUGAUGUUGUCGUCUCAUCGUCGAACCACCUCAAUGCUUCAAGAGAUUCAAACUUAAACAACCUUCCAUGGAGUCCACAUUCUGACAAAAGCGUGAUGAAUCAUCCCCACAUUUUAAUCAAGAAAUCAAACAGUCUUUCCACGCUUUCUCAGAGGACGAUCGACAGGAAAAUGAAUAGUUUUUCCAGGAGCGAAGCACGUAAAGCUGCGUUACCACAAAUGCCAACUUUGCAAGCCGACGGCGAUAGCGGUAAAGGAGAAAGCGACCAAGAUUCUGGAAGUUUCGAAGGAAAAGAAGCUCUGCAACGCGAAACAGCCCAUCAGGAACGCCCGAGUUGUUGUCGAACAGCAUUGUUGUGAUGGAAAUCCCAGAGGCGGGCAACAUGGGACCACUCUGUACGAACAUCUGUCGACAGUAUGGCCACAGCGAUGCAUGCUGGAUGCACGUACUUGACGAUCAGACUCACCAAGGAUACGGGCAGUACCCUGAACAGAGCAGACCGACUACACCAUCCUACGCUUACUACGCCUCUCAGAACGGGAACAGUCCUCGGGGCUUGGAAACUAUCAGUGAAACACAGCCCCUGCAUUCUGUGCUCGGUAGCGCCACCGACGAACAAGCGGACGAUUAUAUUGACGAGACCAGCCACAUGGUGCCGUACCAGUCCUACUACCCAGGCAACAGCCAGAGCCCGGCUAUGCACGAACAAUACUACCCUGCUACAUCCUACACCGUUCCUCGUGGUGGAAGUCACCCCAUGCACGCAUCUCAUGAUGCAGCAUCGCAUAUACCUUAUCCCCAGCAAAGAUACUCGACCACCAACCUAAGCCAUUCCGCCUCUGAUCUUUUCCAUGACGGUAUGGUCGGUGCAUACCACCUCCACGUCACACCUGGUUCAUCAUACGGCCGUACGUCACCGUGUAGCCGUGGCAACAGCGAUUACGUCACGACGUCUCGCGUAGCCAGUCCUGUCACUGUACAUUCUCAUGACGCCGCCCUUAAGCGAAGGUCGACUACUUCCCUACAUGGUGAACUUUUACAUCGCCGUUUCCUAGCUGCCGCGCAUCACCCUACGUCACGUGCUGAUGACGUACAUGUGACGUCACACACGCCAACCUCACAAUACGGCGAGGUGACGAUGCAAGAAACGCAGCAAAUAAUAGACGAUAUCGACCAGUUGAUUGACCAUUAACUCCUGUGCAUUUAUUUCCUUAUACCGUUCCAUUUAACCUACUCAGAACAAUACAGCAACCUAUCUAGCCCCAGUAAAAUAUACAGUGUAUAUAUUAAAACUGGAAGUUCACGCGUUGGGAAACAUCCUGUAUAAUCUGGCUGGUGUAAGCAAUCAUAUUAUUAAUUUUCGUGUAUUUUUAUACCAACCUUAUGCAUUGUACCGAAUUAUUUUCCACUGUACACCUGAUCGUUCAAGCAUUGGUUGUCAGGAUAUGUUUGCGUAAUAGAAUAACAUAACCCACGUUUGCGUGGGAACUAUAUAA